AAAACUCACUGCGGAAACGUAUUUUUCUCUUACUUCUUAUGUGAGCAUUAUCAACGCGAUACUCUCGUGGAUAAUGUAUAAUGACAUAUUCGUAAAUCAUGAAUCAAUGAGUAUCCAUUAUUAUUAUAUGCAGUCUAAACCAGGAGAAGUAACUCAAGCUGUUAAGGAUGCGAUAGACGCCGGCUAUAGACACAUUGAUUGCGCAUGGGUUUACCAAAACGAAAAAGAAGUUGGUGAAGCGAUCAAGGAAAAAAUUGAUGAGGGUGUUGUCAAAAGAGAAGACCUCUUUAUAGUCAGCAAACUGUGGAGUACCUUUCACAACCCGAAAGCUGUCGAACCAGCACUUAAGGAGUCCUUAACCGCUUUGGGAUUAGACUAUUUGGAUCUAUAUUUGAUGCACAAUCCUUUAGAUUUUAAACCAGGAGAUAAUGUAUUCCCAGUCGACGAAAAUGGCCAUGUCAUUCCAGAAGGUGUUGAUUAUGUGGAUACGUGGAAAGCAAUGGAGAAAGUUUACAAAAAAGGGCUCGUCAAAUCAAUUGGAAUAUCCAAUUUUAAUAAAAGGCAGAUCGAAAGGCUUCUUCAAUUGACUACUGUUGUACCAGUUACCAAUCAAGUCGAAUGCCAUCCGUAUUUCAACCAAAAGAAACUUCUUGAAUUUUGCAAAUCAAAAGGAAUUACAAUAACCGCAUAUAGUCCACUUGGAUCCCCGGCUCAUCCAUGGGUAAAACCAGGCGAUCGAAAGUUAUUGGAUGACGCUAAACUGAAAACUAUUUGCAAAAAGUAUAAGAAAACUCCCGCACAAGUAAUAAUUAGAUGGCAUAUUCAAAGGGGCAUAAUAACCAUCCCAAAGUCAGUAAAUAAGAAGAGAAUUGAAGAGAACAUUGACGUGUUUGAUUUUCAACUAACACCGGAAGAUGUUAAAUAUAUCGACUCGUUCGAUUGCAACGGUAGAAUAUUUCCAUUGGAAAUGUGGGCUACACACCCCUAUUAUCCUUUCAACGAUGAAUACUAAAUUGAAGAAUUUACAGGAUUUCGCAUAAGAAAACUAAUGUUUCGUGUUUACACAAAUGGCUAAAACUUGGCACAAGUGUGUUUGUGUGUGUGUCACAAAUCAAUAAACGCAUUUAAUCGGUA